ACGAUUAACAUAGAAAUCGGGUUCUGAACGAGAUCUUCCUGAAUUAUCGCUAGAGGGUGAAGCCCAUGUACUGAAACGCUUUAACGUGCACCAUACUUUUAACAAAUCAGAAAGUGGAUUUCUUCUACCUCGGAGAAACUUGGAUCAGAUAGAAAAAGAGGAAACGGACUUUAUAGACCCGGAGGAAGAUAAUAUAGACUUCCAGAGAGAGAGAGAGAUUUUCAGAGUUUGAAAGAGAGACAUUGAAAUGGCGUCUGCUAUCAUGAAAUGGGUGGUCGACCCGAACCGCAACCCCCUCGCAGCUCUUCACAUGAAAACACUUUCCAAUCGCCUGAAGAAAUACGGUCUUCGAUAUGACGAUCUAUACGACCCAAUGUACGAUUUGGAUGUGAAGGAGGCUCUGAAUCGGCUUCCCCGAGAGGUUGUCGAUGCCAGGAAUCAGCGUCUCAAGCGCGCUCUAGACCUUUCCAUGAAGCACGCCUACCUUCCAGAAGAUCUCCAGGUUAAGAGGGAGAGUGCUGAACGUGAAGCACUUGGAGCUUUGCCUCUUUAUCAACGCAGCAUUCCAUGAGUGUUUCAGUCUUUGCUAGGCCACACACCACCUUUGAUCAAAUUACAUGUGGUUUAAUAAUGGCGGGUCAUUUUGGUCCCUUUCUAAGAAUGGACUCGAACGGUGUCUGAAUUUUGUACUCUUCUCCUUCAUACUCACUGAGCAUUGGACUCCUGCACAUUGUUUGGUUACUGAUUUACGUUAUCAAUAUACUAUGUUUUGGUGUGUUGCUUUUGUUUGUGUGUAUUUUUUCAGUGUUUGCAUCGUCGUAAGUUUCUAAAUAAAGGCUUGUAUUUUAUGCAAGUUAUCCAAAAACAUAAAGGAUGAUUCUAGUUUUAUUACCGAGUUAUCUAGGUGUUUAGAAGAUUGUGUUGUAACUUACUGUCUAUGUGGUGGCAGAAUCAAAACCAAAUUGUCUUCUGUUUGGAAACCCGUUUCCUUGUAUGAUUAUGAUGAUGCACAGGAAUUGGAACAUGUGCAUAAAAAUCAUCCGAG